GUAAAAAAAAAAUAAAAAACACAAACACAUAGAAAUAAAUGGGUGACGUGCUAUUGCUAGUGCCAGCACAUAUAAUUGAAUUGAGUUAAAUUGUAAAUAGGCCGCGAGCCGUGACAAAUUGCAGCAAAUGCAUUAAGCGCAGCCACUCAGACCAGGAGUAGUGAGUGCAGCAAGUGCAUAUAGAAACUAAAAUGGGCUUAAACGUCAGCAGAAAUGCCGACUUGGCGUCAAAUGAAUGGCUUCAGCGGUUUGUGGGACGUCAACAUAUACCGCACGACGAUGAGGCCUACUGGAACAAUUUGCUUAACUACAACAUAGUAAUGCCCGAAAACAGUCAGGAUCAGCUGAGUCUGGAUUCGCGGCUGGAGACACUAUGUCAAUCAUUCAUAGGAAACAAUCUGAAGACGGGCAACUUUGGUGCGCUGGUUACAGUGUUUCUGGAGAAGGCCUCGGAACUGAUGUCGCUAUCGGAUCAGGAGAGCAAUAUGCAUGUGUGGCAAACGUUCAAUGCUCUUUUUAUUAUACGCACACUCAUAAAGUAUAUUAACGAGACAGGCUCAGAGUUUCAGCUGCUGCAGCAUUUCGAGGCAAUGCCUAGUGCGGAGCUGCUGAGGGCCGCGCAGCAACAACAACAGGAGCAGCCAACGGAAGCCACUAGCAUAGCCAUGGAGGCCACUGAGCAUGCGGCGCUGGCGCCGCUCAUUGUUGAUGGCGCCAAGUUUGAGACCUUUAUAGAUGCGCUGGUCAAUCUUAUAGUGGUUAUACCCGUCAAAGAGUUUACCUAUCAUCUGCAGCUGGAAGCGGUCAAUACGCUGAUAACGUUGCUAGCGGUGCAUUUGUUUGCACAGCAGCAGCAGAUGACGGAUAAAUCCAUUGUCUUUCGCACUAUUUACAAGUGUCAGCAUGCGAAUGUGCUAAUGUCGGCGCUGCUGCAUUUUGUGGCACGCAUGGUGGAGGUGCCGCACACUAUGUUCGGCUCGAGCUCGACGGGCUCGUUUGUCUUUGGCAUUGCCGAGUCGCUGCUGUCGAUCUUCAGCUUCCGCAAGCAACAGGAUGUGCUAAAGACAAGCAAUGCCACCGGCGUGGAGCUUUCGCAGCAGUUUCGCACGCAUUAUCCGCUGGCCAAUCAAAGCCUGCUGCUCAUACUUGUACUAACCAAUCACUGCACGGCGCAGGACAAUGCAUAUCGUGCCAGUCUGUUUGGCUGUGCCGACUCGAAAGACUCGCCCAAGCAGGGUGCUGUCUCAUUUCAAAUUGACUUCUCGGCGGUGUACGAGACACUUUGCCGCAUUGUCACCAUUGAUCAGGCAACGUUGCUGCUCUACUUGCUGCUGCAUCGCAACGAGCGCUUCUAUAGGUUUGUCAUGCAGCAGCAGAAUCUGGAGCAGCUAGUUAUACCCAUACUGCAGACGCUCUACAAUGCGCCCGACAGCAACUCACAUCACAUCUACAUGUCGCUCAUAGUGCUGCUCAUACUCAGCGAAGACGAGGGAUUCAACAAGAACGUGCAUACUAUUCUGCUCAAGAACAUUAGCUGGUAUACGGAGCGCACCAUAUCGGAGAUAUCGCUGGGCGGUAUACUCAUUCUGAUCGUCAUACGCACCAUUCAGUAUAAUAUGCUGAAGAUGCGCGACAAGUAUUUGCACACGAAUUGCCUCGCCGCCCUGGCCAACAUGUCCGGACACUUUCGUGCGCUGCAUCCUUAUGUAGCGCAGCGUUUGGUAUCACUAUUUGAGACGCUGGCGCGCAAGCAUACGCGGCUGGAUGCGCAGCUCAAGGAGCCAGCGGACAGUGCUGUGUUUGUCAAUGUGGCCACCACGCCCGAGGAUAUGAUGCAGGAUUUGAGCGUGCUGGAGGAAGUGCUGCGUAUGGUGCUGGAAAUUCUCAACUCCUGCCUUACAAAUCAGCUGGUGUACUGCCCCAAUUUGGUUUAUACGCUGCUUUACAAGCGCAGUGUCUUUGAGGGCUUCCGCAGUCAUCAUGCGUUCCAGGAUGUUAUACAGAAUAUUGAUAUGGUGGUUGGCUUCUUUUCGUCGCGUCUGCAGCGCGUACAAGAGCAGCGUGGUGAGCUGGGCGUCAAUGAAGUGCUCGAAGUGAUAUCCAAAGGCGCUAGCCAAUGGUCCAGCGAUCGCCUGAGGAAGUUUCCCGACUUGAAAUUCAAAUACGUUGAGGAGGAUGCGCCUGAGGAGUUCUUCAUUCCAUAUGUCUGGACGUUGGUCUGUAAAUACGGCUGCGUGCACUUUAGCUCCGAGAGCAUUAAGAGCGUCACCACGGACAUUGCCUGCUAAUAUUAGCUGCUGCUGCAGCAGUCCCUAUCUUCAAAUUGCAAUUUUUAAACUUAACACGUGUAGCACAGCUGUAAGAGCCUAAAUCAUCUAGAAUCCAAGCCAAAAGGUCAAGCAUAAACAACAGAAACGUUGACGUUAAUAAUAAUAUAUGCGAAAUGCAAAACAAAAUUGUAAUAGAAACAUAAAACUAUGAGAAUCAUUGUAUUUUGCUACAGCUUCAGAACGCCUAUCAACAAUUGUACUAAACAAUAGAAACUAUAAAUUAAAAAAAAAAACAACAACA